AUGUUUAUUAUAUAUUUAUUCUCAGUGGCACAUGCUUACUUCUCCAAAAAACUUGCACAUGAUUUAUAUUUGUACACCAAAAUAGCAGUUUGUGAUACUCAAUAAAUAAAAGAAUGGAAUUGUGGAUAUUUUUGUGAUCAGCAUCCUGAUAUGGAUUCAAUUAAAGUCAUUGAAAGUAAUAGAAAUGGUGUUCUAUCUUAUGUUGGAAUCAACCAAGCUGAAAAUAGAAUUAUAGUCACAUUUCGAAGUACUUAAAAUUUGCUUAAUUUCAUCAAUGAUUUGAAAUUUAUGAAAUAAGAUUACCCUUGCUAUGAUUGUAAAGUGCAUUCAGGGUUUAUGGAGAGUUAUCUAGAUAUCAAAGAGGAUUUAUUAAAAUAAGUGAAUGAAUUGUCAGUACUCAAUCCGAAGGCAUAAUUAACAAUAACGGGUCAUUCUUUGGGAGCGGCCUUGGCAACUUUGGCCGCUAUUGAUCUUACAAAUAUUGGACUAUAUAUUCAUACAUUUUAUAUAUUUGGAUCACCUAGAGUUGGAAACAAAGCUUUUGCAGAAUAUUUUAGUAAAAAAAUAACUACCUAAGACAAAGCAAGAGUAACUCACUUUUCGGAUUUGGUUCCUCAUUUACCCCCACAAUCAUUAGAUUAUAUACAUGCUGUUCCAGAGUUUUGGUUUAAUCAAGAUUUUAAGGAAUAUUAAUAGUGUGAAUAUUCCUAGUUUGAAGAUGAUAAGUGCUCAAAUUCUAUGUGGAGUCAUUCUAUUAGAGAUCAUCGAGAUUAUUUUAAUAUUAAAUAUCGAUGCAAUGACAGUUUUUAUCAAAAGAAAACAAAAGAAUAAAUUAUACUCUGA